AUAAUAACUUCCAGAGCGUUAUUUUCGUCGAUAAAGACCUACGUAACGAGCGUUAUCUAAUUUCAACACCUCGACUUUUAACCCAAACCCCCGCGGAGAGUCAGAUACGGCCCUGUUAUAUGUACUUAUUUCUUAAGUAAUCGAAAUAAAACGUCAAUCGGUGACAAGGUUUCUGCAGGCUUAAUCAAAAACACUUGUUGAACUCCAUCGGGAGAGCACGUUUCGUGUGGUCGAGUUAACCGGUUUUUCCCCCCAAGAAUAAGUACAUUUCUGCUAGAGUAAAAUCGUACACGUAACGUUUGCAACAUGUCUGGAAGAAAAUUAGCUUUAUUAAGUGUCUCCGAUAAGAGUAACUUAUUACCCUUUGGAAAAAAAUUACACGAAUUGGGUCUUACGUUGGUUGCUUCGGGUGGGACUGCAAAGUCGCUAAGAGAUGUUGGUCUGCCAGUCAAAGAUGUCUCUGAAAUUACUGGUGCACCUGAAAUGCUCGGAGGGCGAGUUAAAACUCUUCAUCCUGCAGUACAUGCUGGUAUCUUAGCCAGACUUACUGAUUCCGAUCAAGCGGAUAUUAAGAAUCAAGGAUUUGAACUUAUUUAUAUCGUUGUAUGUAAUUUGUACCCAUUCGUAAAGACGAUUUCGAAAUCAGAUGUGACUAUUGACGAUGCGGUAGAAAACAUCGAUAUUGGUGGUGUAACUCUGUUAAGAGCCGCAGCAAAGAACCACUCUAGAGUUACCGUUAUCUGUGACCCUAAUGAUUACGAAAAGGUUAUAACGGAGUUGGAGACUUCAAACGAUACAAAUACUUCCUCGGAUACUAGGAAAACUUUGGCUCUCAAAGCAUUCACUCAUACUGCAGAAUAUGAUGCUGCAAUUUCCGAUUAUUUCCGCAAACAAUACAGUGCAGGCAUUUCGCAACUGUCUCUUCGUUACGGAAUGAAUCCACAUCAGAAGCCGGCACAAAUUUAUACAACGUUAGAGAAACUUCCACUGAAGGUUGUUAACGGUUGUCCUGGUUUUAUAAAUUUGUGUGACGCACUUAAUGGCUAUCAGCUUGUUAAAGAAUUGAAAUUAGCCUUGGACUUGCCUGCUGCGACUUCCUUUAAGCACGUCAGUCCUGCCGGUGCUGCCGUAGGGCUACCCUUAAAUGCAGAUCAUGCAAGAUUGUGUCAAGUGGAUGACAUAAUAAAUUCAUUGACACCAUUAGCUUGUGCCUAUGCUCGAGCUCGAGGAGCUGACAGAAUGUCUAGUUUCGGUGAUUUUGUUGCAUUGUCCGAUCCUUGUGAUGUUCCAACAGCUAAAAUAAUUUCAAGGGAAGUAUCGGAUGGUAUAAUAGCUCCUGGCUACUCCGAUGGCGCACUUGAAAUCCUGAAGAAGAAAAAGAAUGGCGGUUAUUGCAUCCUUCGGAUCGACCCAACAUAUGAACCCGCUCCACAAGAGCAUAAGGUUCUUUAUGGUAUGACUCUGGAACAACUGCGCAACGAUGCAGUCAUCGACAAGACCACGUUCGCAAAUAUUGUAACGAAGACCAAGAAUCUAUCACACGAUGCCAUCAGAGAUCUCAUCGUAGCAACUAUUGCUCUGAAAUAUACCCAGAGUAACUCCGUAUGUUAUGCCAAGGAUGGUCAAGUAAUUGGAAUCGGUGCUGGUCAACAAUCCCGAAUUCACUGCACGAGAUUGGCUGGUGAUAAAGCUGACAAUUGGUGGCUGCGUCAACACCCAAAGGUGACUGGCAUGAAGUUUAAAAAAGGCGUGAAAAGGGCCGAAAUUUCAAAUGCUAUCGACAACUACGUAAAUGGAUCGAUAGGCAAAGACAUGGAUGAAGCUACUUGGGCAGCUGCUUAUGAAGUGGUUCCUGAAAAACUUACGGAAGCGGACAAACAAGAGUGGAUAAGCAAGUUCGACGGAGUUGCUUUAAGCAGUGACGCAUUCUUCCCUUUCAGGGACAAUGUCGAUAGAGCGAAACAGAGUGGAGUUCGAUACAUCGCGAGUCCAGCUGGGUCUACUAACGACGAAGCUGUAAUUCAGGCUUGCGACGAACACGGAAUCACGAUGGCUCACACCAAUAUUCGGCUUUUCCAUCAUUGAAGCGAAACGCUAUAUUUUUAUACCGGGCGUAGAAACUAUAGAAAUCACGAAGUUUAUAUUCCCGUUCCUCGUAUACGAGGUCAUCGAAUUUUCUGAUCGAUGAAGUAUCUCGCUUUCUUCGGAUUUACAUGUUUUUCAAUAGAUAUUGUUUAUGCUA